CUGAAAGUUUGUCAGAGCGAAGUAGAGCUGAAGUCGAGAUGAGUCUCUUUCUUUCUCUCUGAAGAAAACUUCAAGAGUACCACAGGCCUUUCUCCUCAACAUUGCAGGGUCUCUGACAAUCACUGUGUGAAGACAUGGCUGCAGCCAGUUGUCUACCAUCUGAAGAUCAGUUUCUGUGCUCCAUCUGUCUGGAUGUGUUCACUGAUCCAGUCACCACAUCAUGUGGACACAACUUCUGCAAAAACUGCAUUAAUGAACACUGGAAUGUCAGUGUCCCAUGGAAGUGUCCCAUGUGUAAAGAGAUGUUUACCACAAAACCUGAACUUCUCAUCAACACUUUCAUCUCUGAGAUGGUUGAUCAGUUCAGACAGUCAGCUCAACGGAAAACCAGCAGCUCCGAGCAACAAGAGUCCAAACCAGGAGAAGUUCCCUGUGAUGUCUGCACUGGAACCAAACUGAAGGCCCUGAAGUCCUGCCUGGUGUGUCUGGCCUCCUACUGUGAGACUCACCUGGAGCCUCAUCUGACAAUGUCAGGCCUGAAAAGACAUCAGCUGAUCGACCCUGUGGAGAAUCUGGAAGACAGGAUGUGUACGAAGCACGAUAAACCUCUGGAGCUGUUCUGUAAGACCGACCAGACAUUUGUCUGCAUGCUUUGCACCAUUUUAGAUCAUAAGAUGCAUGACAUUGUUCCUCUGAGAGACGAAUAUGACGAAAAGAAGGCAGAGGUGGAGAGGACAGGUGCUGAAAUUCAGCAGAUGAUCCAGGAGAGACAAGUAAGGAUACAGAAGAUCAAACGGUUACUCAACCUGAGGAAGGAAAACGCAGACACAGAGAUAGCAGAAGGUGUUCAAAUCUUCACAAUCCUGAUGGAGUCUGUCGAGAGAGGCAUGAACGAAGUCAUUGAGAGAAUUGAAGAGAAGCAGAGAACGACAGAGAAACAGGUGGAAGACUUUAUCAAAGAGCUGGAACAGGAAAUCUCUGAGCUGAACAAGAGAAGCAUGGAGGUAGAGCAGCUCUCACUCUCUGAAGACCACCUCCAUCUCCUCCAAAGCUUCCCAUCCCUGAAAGUUGCUCCACCCACCAAAGACUGGACAGAAGUCAGCAUCCAUACAGCGUCAUACAGAGGGACGGUGGUGAGAGCUGUGUCUCAGCUGGAGGAGACACUCAGUGCAAGGAUUACCGAGUGUGUUACAGCUGAGCUGAAGUGGGUCCAACAAUACGCCAGAAAUGUGACUCUUGAUCCUGACACAGCUCAUCCUGAACUCAGUCUUUCUGAUGAUGGGAAACAAGUGAAUCAUCGUGAUGAAAAGAAGAAUCUCCCAGACAACCCAGAGAGAUUUUCUAAAUGUAUGUGUGUCUUUGGAAAGCAGAGUAUCUCUUCAGGGAGACUUUACUAUGAGGUUCAAGUUACAGGGAAGACUAAAUGGACUUUAGGAGUGGCCAGAGAGUCGAUCACCAGGAAAGAGAACAUCCAGCUGAGUCCUCAGGAGGGUUAUUGGACGAUAUGUUUGAGAAAUGAAAAUGAGUACAAAGCUUUUGCUGGCCCUGAUGUCUAUCUCCGUCUGAAAUGGAGGCCUCGGAAGGUGGGGGUGUUUGUGGAUUAUGACGAGGGUCUAGUUUCUUUCUAUCACGUAGAUGCUGCAGCUCUGAUGUAUUGCUUUACUGGCUGCUCCUUCACUGAGAAACUCUACCCGUACUUUGGUCCUUGUCCUAAUGAUGGUGGUAAAAACUCCACCCCUCUGAUCAUCUCUCCUAUCAAUGGCACUAAGUAGACAAAUUAUUUGAUUAUGCAUGAAAACGAUCAAUGUUCAGUAAGAGAACAUAAUCAUCUGUAAUGCUUAGUGUAUAAUGUCUUUUUAUCUGAUUGAUUUGCUCAUUGCUUUUUGUUUUUCUCCAAUGUAUCCCACAUACUGUUACUCACUGCUGCAAGACAUACAUUUCUCCAUGCUGAUUAUUUCAUCUCUGCUAACCCUGAGAGACCCACAAAUGUGUCUGGAAGUGACUUGAAAAGUGUAUCAGAUUAUAUUUAGAAUAUUCCCACUGUAUGUGAAGGUGUAUCCUAAAAUGAUGUUUUCUUGGCUUUGCAUAUUUCAGACAGCAUACGUUCCAUAUAGUUUUAAUAAUGUGUUAGAUGUCAUCUACAUUUAAUACUGCAAAAGCUUUUAGCAAGAGUGCCAACAAAUCAUGGAAUGAAUUUCCACAGAAGCAAUGAUCCAUUAAAGUUCUUGAGGUUGCAAAUCUACACAUACAGUACUUUUAAUUGUCUGAUCAGUGUUCAUUUAAAAUCCAAUUUAUUUUUCUUUAUUAUACUAUAUCUUUUUAGAAAGAAAUAAAAUCAAAUGGAAAAAUCUUGAGUUGUUUUUUAUGCACUUGAAUUAUUUAUGUCAAACUCAUUACAAAGCCCAUUAGUAUUUAUGUAAAAUCUCCACUUAUAAAUAUGUCUAUAGGCUUCGCUCAUAAUAUUGAAAUGACAGUGAGACACAUCACCAUCUCUGCAGCUCUACCAACCUUCUUGGCCUCUUUGAGCUCCUAGUUUGGGUUUUGCUGCACAUUACCUGUCUGUUUCAGUGUCAAAGUUUUCAUCAAAUGUUAUCUAAUAUGGCUGCUAGUGUCACUUGACAGCCCUAUACUUCUACUCCACAUUUCAGAUGGAAAUAUUGUACUCCACUACUUUUAUCUACUAGCUUGAGUUACCAGUUACUUUGUAAAUUGAUUGGAUUGAUAAUAACUGAAGAUAUUUUUUAAUGCA